GACUGUAACAAAACGACUACUUGUAACGAACUAAUUUGUAAAGUAUUUUAAGUCUACUAUUGUGAAUAGCUAUUGUGAAUUAUCGCUAUUAUGAAUUAUUGCCAUUGUUAAUUAUCGUAGUAUCCUUUGCCUCUGCCAUUCGCUUCGGUGUCCUCUGCUGUAAGACAGCGAUCGCAAUUCACUCGAUUUCCAAUCACUGAAGAGGAUGGCUGAGACACUGCGAAAUAAAUUCCUUUUAUGAUUUAUCGUAAAUCGAAUUAAAUUCGCCAGCCAGGGAGUCGAGACAUCUUUAUUUCGCAGUUGUAAGCGAAAUAUCUUAUUUCGCAUUCUGUUGCAUUCAAUUGUUGCCGCCGUCUUGAAUGUAACAGGCCGAUCUUUAUUUCACAGAUGUAAGCGAAAUAACUUUAUUUCGAAUUCCUUUGCAUUCAAUGCUGCCGCCAUCUUGAAUGCAAAGAGCCAUCUUUACUUACGAUGUCAGUGAAAUAAAUUAUUUAGGAAUCUAUUGCAUUUAAUUGUUGCCGCCAUCUUAAAUGUAAAGUGCCGAUCUGCAUUUGCCGUUGCUAUGAAAUAACUUUAUUUCACACAUCUUUAUAUCGCAUUCAAUUGUUGCCGCCGUCUUGAAUGCAAAUGCCGAAUACAUUGUCGUAACUUCUGUGCCAAUUGGAGUAUACAAUUUACAGCAAAGUCCUGCCAUCUUUGCACCAGAAGCUCGUUGUGGAUUACUUGACCACGUGCCGCCAUUGUGACACAACGUGAAAACGCUUCUACGCCGCCAAACGGGACGCCAUCCCGAGAAUUCGCAGCCAGCGAAAUAACCGUUUAUUGCCAACGGGACGCCAUCCCGUUAAUCCGUAAAACGUAUAUAACGAUUAUAGCCAAGUUAUAGUGUUUAUAUUGCCAAAGGGAAGUUAUCCCAUUAAUUUGAAUACCGACUUCCUAGUCGAAGAAUAUAUUUGCCGUUAAGAUUAUUUAAUUAUUUGUUUGCCGCCACCAUAUUAACCGCAUAAUGGACAACUCAACGAGAAAGAGUGUGCGGGUUCAACGCCAAGACAGCCUUAGUAAGUCAACUACAGCCGAGGACCAAAGGUCAGACAUCGAAGACGCCGCCACCGGAGCGAAUCCUCCGGUUAACACAUCAACCAACCCACCUACCCCGAGUACGUCUACUAAAGCCACAGUAGAGAGCCAACAACAAAUGCUAAUUGCCAUGCAGAAGCAAAUCAACUCCCUAAGCAGCCAGUUGCGCGGUACCCAGGCUAGAUUAAAGGAGAGUGAAUGCCAGUAUGAACUUUUGAAGUCUAUUAUACAACAACAACCUGGACAAGAAGAGAACGGAGUAAAGUCGAAUUCCACUGCUGCCUCAGUGGAUCCCGCAAUAGAUACCGCUAUCCAGCCUUUAGCGGCGACAGCGCAGCCAAUAACGGACCCGCAGAACGGUUCGGACGUUACUGCACAGUCGACGUCAACGUAUGCAACCGCUACGCAUACGUAUAGCCAAUGUCUUCAAGAGAGGACUACUUUACCGACAUUGACCGCUACAGCCUCUUCGUUAGGAACUACACCUUCAAUUUCAUCACCGCCACAGCAAACUGUCAACCAUAUUCAAGACAGUUCAUACUUGCUUUCGUUGCCAAGGAAAAUACAAGAUUUGCCAAAUUUUGAUGGAUGUGCAGAAGACUGGCCUAUGUUUGCCGCCGCCUUCGAACAGUCAACUGCAACAUACAACUAUACGAAUUUCGAGAAUAACCAACGUCUCCAGAGGUGCCUACAAGGUGAGGCCAGAGAGACAGUGCACUCACUGCUAAUUCAUCCGGAUAAUGUCCCUGCCAUUAUGGACAUGCUACGAUUUCGAUUCGGACGCCCAGAAUUGCUGAUCAGAAGUCAGCUACGCCAAGUACGUGAGAUGCCCUACAUAACGGAAUCUGCUGUUGACAAAAUAAUUCCGUUUUCCGUCAAAGUGAAGAAUUUAGCCGUGUUUCUGCAAACCAUAAAUGGUCAGCACCAUCUUUGUAAUCCAACGUUGAUGGAGGAGCUUGUGGGGAAAUUGCCCAUGAGCAAGAAACUCGAAUGGGCCAGAACCUCAUCGACGAUACAGCCGUAUCCGACAAUUAGAGAUUUUAGUACGUGGCUUAGUGGAGUGGCAGAUCUGAUAUGUACAGUACAAGACAGUCGCCCAAAUGAACAUAAGCGACGCGUCCUCCUUCAAGCCACCGCCAAUAUUCGUGAAAUUACAUGUCCACUGUGCCGUGGUGGACACUACAUUUCCGAUUGCGGAACAUUUAAGUCGUUAAGUGUUCAAGAUAGAUGGAGGAAAGCUAAGCAACUUCGAUUAUGUUUCUCCUGCCUGCUGGGUGGUCAUAUCACAAGAACGUGUCACCGACGGAACAUCUGUAGAACGAACGGAUGCCAACGAGUACAUAAUAAAUUGCUACACGAGUCAUCGAGGAUCAUUUCGAAGCCGCAACCAGCUGAGAUGCAACCUUCACAAACAGCAGCCACAGCCGACAGAGUUUUCAGUUGUACAGCCAGUACAGUGAGAAAACAGAAGGUAUUGUUUCGAAUAGUUCCUGUCACAGUACAUGCCAACAAAGCGAAUAUUGAAACUUUCGCUCUACUGGACGAAGGAUCAUCGAUAACUAUGGUCGAUUCUUCGUUAAUUGAACAGCUUGAAAUAAAGGGUUACCCACGCCGAGUAUCCCUGCAGUGGUUGGGUGGAAGAGCUGCAAGUGACAAUGCAACUAUAGUCGACAUCGACAUCAGCGGUUCCGGUCUAAGUCAGAAGCACAAGUUACGUCACGUUUACGGUAUUAAAGAUUUACAACUUCCGAUGCAAAGCCUACAGAAAGCCGAUGUAGAUGAAGCACGUUUGAACAAGCUGUCGAUUCAAACGUAUGCCAACGCAGUUCCCAAGAUACUUAUUGGACUGGACCACAGUCACCUGGGAAUUGCCACAAAGAUUGAGACCUUACAACACAAAGGUCCUUAUGCCGCCCGUACGAAGUUAGGUUGGGUCGUCUUUGGACCCACCGACAACUUCAAUCAAGGAAAGACGUCAUGCUUGCACAUGUCUGUCGCCGAUGACGGAUACUUGCAUGACUUGGUAGCCGAUUACUUCAACACAGAGAGCUUUGGUGUACGUCCAGCACCACUUAUCGAGCCCGAUGAAGAUAAACGAGCCCGCCGGAUCCUUGAGUCUACAGUUAUGAAAACCGAUGGACGUUUUCAAGCCGGUCUCCUUUGGAGACAAGAUGAUGUUCAGUUACCCGACAGUUACUCCCACGCCGAGAGAAGACUUGUUGGAAUUGAACAUAAGAUGAAAAGAGAUGAAACAUUUGCCCGAGAGUAUCGUGCAGUUAUUCGAGAUUAUGUUAAUAAGAAUUAUGCCAGGAAACUAACGCCGGACGAAGCUGCAGUCGUAAGCCCAAGGACAUGGUACCUUCCACACUUCGGUGUGACGAACGUUAAUAAGCCCGGUAAACUGCGCCUAGUGUUUGAUGCCGCCGCCGUCGUCAACGGUUGUUCACUAAACAGUUACCUUCUAAAGGGCCCUCAGCAAUAUCAGCCUAUGCCAACGGUACUAUUUAAUUUUCGUGUGGGCGCAGUUGCAGUCGCCGCCGACAUUAAAGAUAUGUUUCACCAAAUUGUUAUAAGAGAAGAAGAUAGAUGUGCCCAGAGAUUUCUUUGGAGAGACGGUGAUGAUAAAAUCCCUCCAGAAGUAUAUGAAAUGUUAGUGAUGACAUUUGGAGCAGCGUGCUCGCCAUGCACGGCUCAAUAUGUUAAAAACAUUAACGCACUUGAACAUCGCGAACGAUGUCCAAGAGCCUAUGAUUCUAUCGCAAAGCAUCAUUAUGUCGAUGACUUCGUGGAUAGUUUUGCCAAUGUGGAAGAAGCCACCAAAGUUGCCAACGAAGUUAAGAAUAUUCAUAAGAAGGCCGGAUUUGAACUACGAAACUUUUCUUCAAAUUCUAUAGAAGCCAAAAUUGCCCUUAACGGUUGCAAUUCGAAGGAAGUAACAAAUAGCCUAGUCACAUUAGCAGUAGAACGUGUGCUUGGAAUGUAUUGGCAGCCAAGCAACGAUGUAUUUAGCUACACACUUAAGUUUCACAACGCGGACCCUGACGUCAUCAGUGGACACAGACGACCUACUAAGAGAGAGCUGUUAAGUAUAGUUAUGUCAGUAUUUGACCCACUUGGAUUUCUGUCCAAAUUCAUGGUCAACGCAAAGCUGUUGGUGCGCGAAACGUGGCGUUACGAUCUGCGAUGGGACGAAUCUCUACCUGAACCUAUAUAUCAAGAAUGGGAUAAAUGGCGCCGCCAGUUGAAGAAUGUUUUAAACUUUCGGGUUCCUCGUCACUAUUUUGCCUAUGGACUGCCACCCGAACUCCAGCUACAUAUCUUCGUAGAUGCCAGUGAAGAUGUAUUUGCCGCCGUGGCUUAUUGGAGAGCAGUAUAUUCGGAUGGUAGAGUCUGCGUCGUACUCGUAUGUGCCAAGACGAGAUGCGCCCCAUUAAAGCCAAUGACGAUUCCACGCCUUGAAUUGCAAGCAGCAGUUUUGGGAACGCGAUUAUUAGAAACCAUCAUUAAUGAACAUUCAGUAGUAGUUAAAAGACGGGUUUUGUGGAGUGAUUCCAAAACUGUUCUAAGUUGGAUUGAGUCAGGAACACGUCGCUACAAGCCUUUCGUAGCACAUCGAGUAGCAGAAAUCCUCGCCACCACCAACGUGGACGAAUGGCGUUGGAUAUCAUCACAGGAGAACGUGGCCGACGAAGCAACCAGACCAAGCGCAACUUUCGAUAUUCGCCCUACUUCGAGAUGGUUAAAUGGACCAUCAUUUCUAAAGGAAGCAGAGCAUGCCUGGCCUACAACCGAAAAAACCCCGGAUUUUGUACAUGAGAGUGAAGAACUUCGCCCAAAGUUCGCAAUGCUAACAACACAGUCAUGUGUUAUAGACAUUGCCCGAUUCUCAAACUUAACUAAGCUGAAGCGGUCAGUCGCUUGGAUCAUCCGAUUUAUUAAUAAGUGUCGCCGAAAGAGGAAUACCGAAGGAUGCCUGACCGCUGAAGAACUAAAAAUAGCAGAAUACUGCAUAUGCCGCCUAGCCCAAUCCAUCUCGUACUCUUCUCAACUUGACCAGUUAAGAGAGAGUGGAAAUGUCCCGAAAGGAAGCGAGUUAUAUAAAUUGUCGCCAUUCAUUGAUUCAGAAGGUCUUAUGCGUGUCAACGGACGUAUCAAUGCUGCCAGUUGGCUUCCGUAUGACGUCACGCGUCCUAUCAUAUUAGCGCCGAAUCAUGAAUUUACUCGCUUAAUCUUAUUGGAUUGUCAUAAUAGAAUGAAACACCAGAAUGUGGAAGCGACGAUAUGUGAAGUCAGGCAAAAAUAUUGGGUGCCGAACAUAAGACGUGUCAUGAAGAAGAUCAUAUCGAAAUGUCUUGUUUGUAAAAUCUCAAGGUGCACACCCUCACAACCGAUGAUGGGUCAAUUGCCAAAGGACCGAUUAACACCGUUCGUGAGGCCAUUUUCCUACACAGGAAUUGAUUAUUUUGGACCUGUUAAUGUAACGAUUGGUCGACGUAAAGAGAAGCGGUGGGUGGCAUUGUUUACAUGCCUAACAAUUCGAGCCAUUCACCUGGAAGUCGCAGCCGAUCUCUCAACAGAUGCAUGCAUCCUUGUGAUUCGAAACUUUAUCAAUCGUCGUGGUUUGCCUGUGAGAAUUCGGAGUGAUAACGGCAAGAAUUUCGUCGGAGUCAAUAAUGAAGGAAAGCGAUUUCACGAGGUAUUUGAUUGUCAUAGCAUUCAGGACGACCUUGCCGUGAGAGGAGUCGAGUGGAUAUUCAACUGCCCAAACAAUCCUGCAGAAGGUGGUAUAUGGGAACGCAUGGUGAGAUGCGUGAAACGCGUUCUCAAUAUGACCCUAAAAGAAGUUGCACCACGGGAACACACUCUACAGAACUUAUUAAUUGAAGCCGAGAAUAUCAUAAAUUCCAGACCGCUCACACACUUGCCGCUAUCACCAGAUCAAGAUGAGCCGCUCACACCGAACCAUUUUUUACUAGGGACUGCCAACACCGCCCAGACGCCAGCAGUCAACGACCCAGUCGAGAACGCUUUCGUACUUCGUAAACAGUGGCGCAUUGCUCGCCAGUUAAGAGACGCGUUCUGGCGGCGAUGGAUCCACGAAUACUUGCCAACGCUCACACGCCGAGCAAAGUGGUGCGAAAGGUCAAAACCCCUUCAGGUGGGUGAUCUGGUAUUCGUGUGUGAUGUUAAUAUGCCACGUAAGCAGUGGUGCCGCGGUCGAAUAGAAGCCGUACAUCAUGGAGUUGACGGUGUCAUACGGAGAGCCGAUGUACGCACAAGUAGUGGAGUACUUAGUCGCCCCGUAGCCAAAUUAGCCGUUUUGGACGUGGAGUAAGUGAAUCGGAUCGAUUCACGGAGGAGGGGAUGUAACAAAACGACUACUUGUAACGAACUAAUUUGUAAAGUAUUUUAAGUCUACUAUUGUGAAUAGCUAUUGUGAAUUAUCGCUAUUAUGAAUUAUUGCCAUUGUUAAUUAUCGUAGUAUCCUUUGCCUCUGCCAUUCGCUUCGGUGUCCUCUGCUGUAAGACAGCGAUCGCAAUUCACUCGAUUUCCAAUCACUGAAGAGGAUGGCUGAGACACUGCGGUAAGUUAGCUAAACUAUAUAUAAGUUUGUAUUAUAAUUACUUCUUUAUAGAAAUAAAUUCCUUUUAUGAUUUAUCGUAAA